AGAGCCUGUCCCGGGCUACACUGUACUGCCUGCUGGUUGCAGACACAGGACACACCAUGAAGCCGGCCCUCCUGCCUUGGAUUUUGAUGCUGCUGUCUACAAUCCCAGGCCCCAGGUCCACAGCAAGUGCCCAGAGCAGCUGCUCCCUGCGCUGUGGGGAACAGGAUGGAUUCUGCUCCUGUCAUCCAACCUGCUCGGGCCUCAAUACCUGUUGUGAAGACUUCCUGAACUACUGCUUAGAGAUCUCACCCUCCUCGGGCUCUAUGAUGGGUGGCAAAGAUUUUGUGGUGCAGCAUUUAAAGUGGUUGAACUCUACUGAUGGUGUCAUUUGCAGGUUUAAGGAGAGUGUCCAGACCCUUGGGUACGUUGACAGCUUGAAGCAAGUGCACUGUACAUCACCCUUGCUCUACGAAAGUGGCCCCAUUCCCUUCACCUUAUCAAUGGACAAUGGUCGCUCCUUCCCUCGAGCAGGCACUUGGUUGGCUGCACAUCCCUACAAAGUAUCUGAGUCUGAGAAGAGCCAGCUGGUGAAUGAGACCUACUGGCAAUAUUACGGCACUUCAGACGCCAGGGGAAACCUCAGUCUCACCUGGAACACCUCAAUGCUGCCCGUGUCGGCCGUCACCAUUGAACUUUGGGGCUAUGAGGAGACAGGGACACCCUAUUCCAACAACUGGACAGCAAAGUGGUCCUUUCUGUACCCUCUGGCUACAAACAUUCCCAAUACCGGCUUCUUUACUUUCACCCCAAAACCUGCAUCACCUAAGUACCAGAGGUGGAAAGUGGGUGCUCUGAGGAUCAGCAGCAGCAAGAACUAUGAAGGACAGCAGAAUGUGCGGGCGCUCUGGACCAAUGAUCACGCACUGGCCUGGCACCUGGGUGAUGACUUCCGGGCAGACUCUGUAGCCUGGGCCCGUGCACAGUGCCUGGCCUGGGAGGCAUUGGAAGACCAGCUACCCAACUUCCUAGAGGAGCUGCCGGACUGCCCUUGCACACUGGCCCAGGCCAGGGCUGACUCUGGCCGCUUCUUUACUGACUAUGGUUGUGACAUUGAGCAUGGCAGCGUUUGCACCUACCACCCAGGGGCUGUGCACUGUGUGCGCUCCGUGCAGGCCAGCCCCAGAUAUGGCUCAGGCCAGCAGUGCUGCUAUACAGCAGACAGCACACAGCUCCUGACCUCAGACUCAACAAGUGGCAGCACCCCUGACCGCGGCCAUGACUGGGGUGCACCCCCGUACCGCGCCCCUCCCCGUGUGCCUGGCAUGUCUCAUUGGCUCUAUGAUGUCAUCAGCUUCUAUUACUGCUGUCUUUGGGCACCUGAGUGUUCCCGAUACAUGAGGAGGCGCCCGUCCAGCGACUGCCGGAGCUAUAGACCCCCACGCCUGGCCUCUGCCUUUGGGGACCCCCAUUUUGUCACCUUCGAUGGCACCAGCUUCUCGUUCAGUGGAAAUGGCGAGUAUGUGUUGCUGGAGACGGCCCUGACAGACCUGAGAGUGCAGGGACGGGCCCAGCCUGGGACAAUGCCCAAUGGCGCCCAGGCCCGUGGCACAGGGCUGACUGCUGUGGCCAUCCAAGAAGAUAACUCGGAUGUGGUAGAGGUGCGGGUACUUGACACAUCCCAGACCCUGGAAGUGUUGCUGAAUCACAAAGUACUCAGUUUCACUGAGCAAAAUUGGAUGGACCUAAAGGGCAUGUUCCUUUCAGUGACCUCUGAAGAUAAGGUAUCAAUCAUGUUGUCAUCGGGGGCUGGCCUCGAGGUCGGUAUACAAGGUCCUUUUCUGACUGUGGCUGUCCUGCUGCCUGAGAAGUUCCUGACCCACACCCGUGGUCUCCUGGGGACACUCAAUAAUAACCCCAAGGAUGACUUUACCUUGCGCAACGGGCAGGUCCUGCCCCCAGAUGCCAGUGCUCAACAGGUGUUCCAGUUUGGAGCUGACUGGGCUGUUCUCAACACCUCUACACUGUUCACCUAUGACUCUUGGUUUCUGGUCAACAAUUUCUUGGGCAAACCGAAGCAUGACCCCAGCUUCAGACCGCUCUUCCCCAAUGAGGCCACGCUCAGCCCCAGCCAGACAGAAGAGGUGACCAGACUGUGUGAGAGUGACCGCUUCUGCAUCCUGGAUGUUAUAAGCACAGGGAGCCUGAAUGUGGGCAAUGCCACGCGGACCGCUCACCAACUGCACCAGCACCGUCUGAAGAGCCUGCAGCCCGUGGUAUCCUGUGGCUGGCUACCCCCACCUUCGAAUGGGCACAAGGAAGGCUUGAAGUACCUGGAGGGAUCCACUGUCCGUUUCGGCUGCAGCAGUGGCUACAGCUUGGUAGGGUCAGAGACUAGCACUUGCCAGGCCGAUGGUACCUGGUCUACGCCUACCCCAGAGUGUCAGCCAGGACGGAACUAUACAGUGUUACUAAGCAUCAUCUUCGGAGGCCUGGCCAUAGUGGCACUGAUUUCUAUCAUCUAUAUGCUGGUGCACCGCCACAGGAAAAGCAACACGAGCAUGUGGACGUCGCAGCCCUGAGACAAGGAAGAUACUUGAUUGACAGCAUUGGGCUAUGUGCUCACCAAGACACAGCCUACCAGGAGACGCGCAAAGAACA